UGGGAUUGGCAGGGUGGCAUAUUAAUGGGUCCAUCCGUGCUGGGGUCAACGUCGUUAGGGUGCAAAGUGUUAUUUCCAUACAACAGCGUAAUAACAUUAGAGAACAUAGCCAACUUGGGGAUAAUCUAUUACAUGUUCCUGGUGGGAUUAGAGGUGGAUAUGAAGCCCGUGGUACGAGCAGGGAAGAAGGCUCUCAGCACUGCCAUUGCCGGUCUUAUUCUGCCCGUCCCUGUUGGUUACGGGUUGCACCACUUGCUGAUGAGACACCCGGACCAUUCCGUCAACAAAUACGGGCCCCUGUUCUGGGGCGUUGUGCUGGGGACCACCAACUUCCCCGACCUUGCUCGGAUUCUGGCCGACCACAAGCUCCUCCACUCCGACGUCGGCCGCACCGCCUUGUCCUCCGCCGUCAUCACCGACAUCUUCUCCUGGAUGCUCUUUGUUCUGGCGGUGGCCGUUUCCAACGAUGGCAAAAUCUUCACCGUCAUCUCCACGGCUUUGAUCGUCCUCUUUUACAUAUAUGCGCUUGCUCCCGCCGUCUCCUGGAUGCUCCGCAAAACCACCAAAGACGACCAAAACUACUCCCACAAUCACAUCUGCUUCAUUCUGGCAGGGGUCAUAGCUUCUGCCUACAUCACCGACUCCACGGGGUGCCACUCCAUCCUGGGGGCCUUCAUGUUCGGGGUAAUCUUGCCCAAGGGGAAGGGUGGGGAGCUCAAGCACGCCCUCACCGACAAUCUCGAAGACUUCGUUUCGGGGCUCAUGACCCCUCUUUUCUUUCUGGUCAUCGGCCUCAGAACCGACACCUUCGAGGUAUUCCAGACGGGCAGCCGUAUCACCGUCCCAAGGUUCUUGGCCGUUACUUUGUUGGCGCUGUGUACUAAGAUCGCCAGUACUUUCUCGGCGGCUGUAUUCUUCAACAAGAUGACUCCCCGCGAUGGCCUGGCUCUGGGGCUUCUCAUGAAUACCAAAGGCCUGCUUGCGCUCAUCAUCACCAACUCUGCUAGGGACCUGAUGGUUUUGAGCACCCAGACGUACACCGUCAUGGUGAUUGCUCUCUGGCUCAUGACAGCAGCCGUCGGGCCUCUAAUUGCCCUGGUUUACAGGCGCACCAACAGAGACCGCCGUCUGGCCUGCCAGUACAAGAACAAGACCAUACGAAGCCUGGAACUGCAACCAGACUCCGAGUUCCGGAUGCUGGCGUGCAUCAACUCGGCGGCCAAUGUGAGCGGCCUGAUCAACCUGCUGGGCAUUUCCAAUCCCACAAAGCACUCCCCUAUCAUGGCGUACGCGCUGCACCUGGUGGAGCUGGUAGGGCACGCGUCCGCCAUGCUUAUCGUUCACGACACGUGCAACAUCACGGCGGACGACAGCAGCGUGAAAGACGACCACAUAUCCAAUGCGCUGGAGAACUUGGAGAGGCAGACCCAAAACAUGACGGUGCAAUCGCUCACCGCCAUGUCAUCCUACAGCACCAUGCACGAGGACGUGUGCAACCUGGCGGAGGAUAAGCGUGUGGCCCUCAUCCUUCUCCCCUUUCACAAGCAGCUGUGGGAGGAUGGAGUGGUUAGGGAAGAGGAGGAUGUGAAUUCGCCUUUUAGAAGCGUCAACAGGAAUGUCAUGGACAAUGCAUCCUGUUCCGUGGCUAUCUUUGUAGACCGAGGAGGCCUCAUCACUACCAACGAACACAACAACACUAAUGACCAUGACCAUGACCAUGAUGAUCACGUACAGCAUAUCGCCAUGCUCUUCAUCGGGGGCCGUGAUGACCGCGAGGCUUUGGCGUACGCUUGCAGGAUGUGCGGGAACAAAUGCGUCGGCGUAAGCUUAACCGUGAUGAGAUUUGUCCCCACUAAAGAAGCAGCAGAAAACGACCUCCUCCCCGAAGAUGAAGGCGACGACGACAACAACGGUGAUAUUCUCAAGGCCAUAACGGAUGCCGAAAGAGAGAAACAACUUGAUAAACAAUACAUUGAAGGGCUGAAGCUCAAGGCAGCAGCAAGUGAUAAUAAUAAUAGUAUGAAAAUAAUAGAGGUGGAGGUGAAUAAUGGGGAUGAAAUUAUCAAGGUACUGAGCAUGAUGGAACAACAAUUUGAUAUGUACGUAGUUGGGAAAGGGAGAGGAGCUCGGUCGUGUCUGACAUCUGGGUUUUCAGAUUGGAGCGAGUGGCCGGAGUUGGGACCCUUGGGAGACAUUUUGGUGUCUUCAAGCUUUGCACCUAACACAUCCAUUCUGGUGGUGCAGCAGGGCUGUGUCUCUGCCGAUGAUGCUACUGAAUUAGCCGGACCUGCUCCUGCUGCUGCUGCUGCACAGCUUAAGGACAACUUUGAUGCUCAUCAUCAUAUGACAUGGCACCCUCCUCUCUUCCACAGACCUCAUUUUGCACCCUUUCUCAUCCGAAAACUCAACCUUCAUCGUGACGAUGACCAUAUCAUCUAGUCUCAUUUUCUCUCCUCUAUUU